UGUUUUUUCCAGACUCCAGAACAGAGAAAUGCUCUUUUAAUAUUCACAACAAACAAGCAACUAGAAUCCCUUCAAUUACUCAACUUAACAUUUAAAGCAAUAUCAGGGCCAGAAGAUCAUCGAAUAUUGAAGCUUAAUGCUAAAGUUUUGGUUCUUUUUGAGGAUUUAAUUGAUUCUGUGGAAUUAAAUAAACAAUUAAAUUUAUUAAAAAUAUUUUUAAUUAAACAAAAAUUUUAUUCCAAAUGGAAUUGGCGUUUUGGACAUUUGGCUGCUAUUUUUAAUAAAUUUGAGCAUUUUUCGAAGGAAUUUGGAAGAAAUGAGGGAAUUGAUGGAGAAGAAAAUGUUUGGGUUAGAAAAAUUCUCCAAUUUAAUUUCCAAUUGUCGCUCACCCAGCGUUCGUAUUGAAUUACUUCGCCUUAUUCGUACAAAACUUUUGGCAAAUUACGCUGCUUAUUUCAACUUUCCAUCUGUGCUUUUGAGUGAAAAUGCUGAUCAAUUAGCUACGGAAACAAUAAAUAGUCUUUGCUUUGGAAGAGGUUUGGUAAUAAAUUUUUUUAAGUCGAAAAAAAAUAAAAAUAAGUCUUUGAUUCUGUGUAACAAAUUAAAAGUUAACAAGGGCGUAGCCAGGGGAACGCUAAGUAAACGCCAAAAUUUUGGCGUACAUCUAAUUUUAACCUCCCAGAAAUCGACCCCCUAA